AAAACUGAAAGGGAAACAAGAAAUUUCUACCACCAUAUUUUUUUACUGUUGACUGCUAGUGUUAAUGUUCAGUAAAAUCUCAGGUCGUUUCUAUUUUGAGAUUGGAGUAAAAUUUGCAUUUAUAUAUAUUAUCUUUUUCAAACUUUACUUUAUAAAAAUACGUUAAAUAUAUUAUUGUAGAAUUUUAAAGAUAUUACACAUAAUUAAAGGACAUGACAUAAAUACAAGGUGACGGCAAGUGAGUGUAGAAAGUUACGGUUUUGGUAAACUCUCGUCUCAUGAGUAAGCAGCAAUAACAGUUACAAACACAGAAUAAAACUAAGAAGCAAUCCACAUAAAAACACCAGAAAGUUAAAGCUCGUUUUCCAUAAAAAGGGCCGCCCCAGCAUUUUUAACUGGAAUUUUUUAAAAUUCAUUUAAUUUAAGGAGGUUAGGGGUUCAAGCUGUGGAAACACCACAGCCUCCGACAAAAAUGCAAGGGAAUGGUUUUAAUGUGUAGAAAUGUUGAGACAUGACAAUGGAAGAGGUCUGAUCAUUAUAUCUGAAGGUUUGUUAAUUUGGAAAUUCUGUCUCAAGCAGCGUCAUGACGUCCUCGGUUCGUUAUCAGUCAGAUGGUAGUGAGAAUGAACAGCCAGAGAAUCAAUCAGAGUCUCACAACGAGUCUUCAUCCCCUGUAACUGGAAUGUCUGUCCCUGGCACAACACCAAAUAUGAACUAUGUGAUGCCCACUCAACUUGGCAAUGGAAAUGCUAUGUUGCAGGCUCAAACAGCUUAUCCUUAUCCAGACCCAUACUAUAGGAGCAUCUUUGCACCGUACGAUGCACAGCCUUAUCCUACACAAACUUAUCCAGCACAACCAAUGGUUCACGUUCAGCUAAUGGGAAUUCAACAAGCUGGUGUUCCUUUGCCAUCAGACGCGAUAGACGAACCUGUUUUUGUUAAUGCGAAACAGUAUCAUGGCAUCUUGAGGCGUCGACAAUCUCGCGCAAAAGCUGAGUCGGAAAAGAAACUUCUGAAAGCUAGGAAGCCCUACUUGCAUGAAUCACGUCAUUUGCAUGCAUUGAAAAGAGCUAGAGGAUGUGGGGGUCGUUUCCUUACAGCAAAGAAAACUGAUAAUCAGCAGAAACAGGAUGAAUCUGGUGAUAAAUCACAAGUCAACACUAAUCUUGAGUCUGGAAAAGACAGGAUUGCUUCUUCAGAGAAUGACUCUUGAUUUAUGCAACAGUGCAAUAUCAAGGACUUUGUGGACCAUUGUAUGUUGUUGUUGUUUGUAGAAACAGCACAUUUUCGCCAAAGUAACACUGCUGUAGCUGGGCUAAUCAGGGUGAUUGUGGUGUUCUGUAUGUUUAUUUCUAUGUAGAAAGAUCAGAAUAGGCUACUUGUUUGAGAGCUACAAAGUGGUUGCUGGGCGUAUAUUCUCAAAAUACUUUCUGAGCUUGUUUGUAGAAUAUCUUUCUUGUCCUUUGUAAUUACCUCGUGAUUCCUUCAAACUGUAGCUCUGGUAAGUUUACAAAAUAUCGAGUCAGGAAUUAGCGUUUGACAUUAUAUUUUGUUAGUUUAUGAAGAUCAGCUUGUAGUGCUCCCGGUUGAUGGAUUCUAAUUUUCAAAUGUUAAUGCAUUCUCUGUCAA